AUCUGAUCAGUUUCAUUCUCUGACGUCAGGGGGCUGCAGCCGAGAUUCUGACUUCCUCAAAUUUGCUAAUUUCAAACUGCACUUUAAGUAGCGUUGGGGAUAUAGGGAUAUCCACCGUUCAUUCACAAUGAGGUGCAGUAUCCGACUUGUAUAUCUUUUCCUAUAUAACCUACUACAAUUCUGUGGGCACACUUGGAUAUUUGCAAACAUGAUGGCCCGGUUCUUGUCAUUCGGGAAAGAUGCCUUGGCUGACACCUUUUACUCGGUGGGCAUUGUGGUGAGCCUGUGCCAACUAAUGUCAAUGCUAGAGCUGUUCCACAUCGCGGAUGAAUUAGAGAAAACGGCACUCCUGCCACGGUUUGUACAAGUAAUGGAGAGGAAUUUUGUUUUAUUUGUGGUGAUUAUGAGCCAAGAGGAAAUUCAAAGUAAAUCGAUAGUGUGCAUACAGUUUUUCCUGUGGAACACUCUAGACCUUUUAAGGUACCCGUAUGGACUCCUGGUGCUGUUCAGCACACCUUCCUUUAACAUGCUGUGGGUACGCCAUACCCUCUGGAUCCCCCUGUACCCUCUCUCUGUGCUGGUAGAAGGGCUGACUGUGUACCAGGCCCUGCCCUAUUUUGAAUCUCUGGAGACGUUCUCCUUCCAGCUGGGUCUGCCCGUGUCCCUGUACGUCCACUUCCCAUACGUUCUGCUGGCCUACCUCCCUCUGCUCGCCAUCGGUGCCUGUUUCACUAUGUGGCAGCUGCUCGGAGAGAGAAAACAACAGCUGGACAACUGGAAUAAAAAAACCAAGAGGAAAUAAACAGACACGCACACAUACACACAUACACACACACACACACACACACACACACACACACACACGAGCAGACACACACUUUUAGGUCAGGCUCAUUGUGAGACAGCCUGUUGAGCAGCUUAUCUGGAAAACACCAGAAGUUGAUUUUAAAGACUUGCACUGUGUCAGCAAAGAGUGUAAACAAAUGCAAUUCUUGCAGCAGCUGGAAACGCACAACAAAAUGUGUAGGAAUUGUUAGCUGGCAUACAAUACUCACUUCUGGGAACCCAUAAUGGAUAAACUCCUGUUUGGAUGAGUCUUGCCUGACGACAAAAACAUCCCAGUUUUCAUGAAGGGAAGAAUAAAACUGUAGGUGUGUUUUUUGGCAUAA